AUCUUGCAUGUGUCUUCUGUAGCAUUGCCCACCGUCGGCUUCCCUCCAAUAAUUUAUCAGUCACUGUGAUUCUAUGAAUGUUGCAACUUUCCCAUAAGGGUUGCUUCGCAAUUCUUUUCGUCUGAGAUCGACGGUCUGAUUCGUGAAAAUUGGCAGGCGUUGGAGGUGUUAUCUCCUUUGCUUAAAAGUCGAGACAUUCCUUUGCUCUGUGACUCAGCAUUUUUUUGGCGGGUUAUGUCGGUAGUGCUCAGUACAAAUUUUUGGGCAAACGAAUGGUCGCAGCACUCUUUUAUUUUCUGUAUGGGUCUCAAAGGAUCUUGAUUGCCCUGGCGUGUACCCCAAGUAUGCUUAUUCUUUGUUGGUUAAUACUUAAUGCAUCGUCACUGCCUACCUAACGGACUAUAUCGUAUCUGUUGAGCCCUAUUUUUGUGACUCCCGAGAAGUUCCAGAGGUUGUAAGAACUGAUGCAGUUUAUUUUGCUUCUAUAUCUAUUGACAAAUUGUUCUUGCUUUUCUGUCCUUGGUUCUCUGGAAGUCCGUUCCACCUGAAUUAUCAUAAAGAUGGAUUUUGAUGGGUUGAAUCUUUGAUGGAUCGAUUUGAGGAUUCGUCUUGAUGCAACUUCUUGUUGGAAAGAUUUAUGUGCGAAUGGAUGCAAUAACUACAACAGAAAUCCCAUUAGUCGAUAUCUUUUUUACCACUUGAACAAAUAGUGAGGAGAAAAGAGAUGGCUUUUUCAGGAAGAACUAGAAACCUGCUUGAGGGCCUGGUCAGAGAAGGAUCAUUUAAAUGGUUGCUUGGCAAGAGGAGUUAUUUUGAUGACGAAUUCGAGGAGAUGAGGGAUUCUCCAUCUGCUGGGAGGAAUUGGAUACAGGAGCUCUCUCCAGUCGCUAAUAUAGUUGUGCGUAGAUGCUCCAAAAUCCUUGAAAUCUCUUCAAGUGAGCUUCAAGAGGGUUUCAAUCAAGAGGCUUCUGAUUCUCUAAAGCAUCCAUCACGAUAUGCAAGGAACUUUUUGGAAUAUUGCUGUUUUAGGGCACUUGCUCUGUCUACGCAAGCGAUUGGUCAUCUGUCUGAUAAAAUAUUCCGGCGCUUAACAUAUGACAUGAUGAUAGCCUGGGAGACGCCAGAUGCUGGCAGCCAACCUUUACUUAAUGUGGAUGAGGACUUAUCAGUUGGUUUAGAAGCUUUCUGUCGAAUAGCUCCUGCAGUUCCAAUCAUUGCUAAUGUCGUCAUAAGUGAAAAUAUUUUUGAGGUGCUUAGUGCAUCUACUGGUGGACGCCUUAAGUUCUCCGUCUAUGACAAGUACUUAAGUUGUCUAGAAAGAGCAAUAAGAAAAAUGAGGAGCAAUUCAGACUCAUCUCUUCUCUCUGCUCUUCGAUCAUCUAGAGGUGAGAAGAUUCUGGAGGUAGAUGGAACGGUCACCACGCAACCAGUCCUUGAACAUGUAGGAUUAUCAGCAUGGCCUGGCCGGCUAAUCCUGACAGACCAUGCGCUUUAUUUUGAAGCGCUUCAUGUUGUAAAAUAUGACAAACCAAAGAAAUAUGAUUUAGCAGAUGAUCUGAGACAGGUCAUUAAACCUGAGAUGACUGGGCCAUUGGGUACUCGACUUUUUGAUAAGGCAGUCUUCUAUAACUCAGCAUCAUUAUCAGAACCAGUUGUUAUGGAAUUUCCAGAGUUUAAAGGUCAUGCUCGUCGUGAUUAUUGGCUAGCUAUCAUACAGGAGAUUCUGUUUGUUCAUAAAUUUAUAAACAAAUAUAAAAUCAAAGGAGUUGCUCGUGAUGAAGUACUUUUGAAGGCUGUUUUAGGAGUUUUGCGUGUACAAGCCAUUCAAGAUAUUAGUUCUGUAAUCACUAAAGAGUUCAAGGCUCUUCUGAUGUUCAAUCUUUGUGAUCAACUUCCAGGCGGAGACCUGAUACUAGAAUCCCUUGCAAAUAUGUCAAACUUAAGGGAUAUAGAUUGCGCCAAUGAUUCUAGGGCUGGAAGUGGAAUGAAUUCCAUCUCAGCCUUAGACAUGGUUCCUAACUUGGGAUUUGUUUUUGGUACAAGCGCAAAUACAUCCGAAGAAAGCAGGCUUGCUGUGGGCGAGAUAUCUGUUGGAGAAAUGACUUCAUUGGAAAGAGAAGUUAAAGAAUCAAAGAACAACUACAAAAAGGUAGAAUCUGCCAAGGCAACAGUCGAUGGAGUUAAAGUUGAUGGUAUUGACACUAACUUGGCUGUCUUGAAGGAGUUACUUUUUCCCAUAAAUGAACUCGGGAAGUUUCUUAAAUCUUUAGCAUAUUGGGAUGAUCCAUGGAAGUCUCUAGGAUUCUGUCUAGUCUUCAUUUAUAUCAUCUGCAGGGGAUGGCUUCGGUAUGCAGUGGCACUGGUGCUCCUGUUCCUUUCAGCUUUUAUGAUAAUGACACGAUAUUUUAGCCAAGGCAGGCCUGUGGAAGAAGUUAAAGUAGUAGCUCCUCCGCCGAUGAAUACAAUGGAGCAGCUUCUGGCUGUUCAGAAUGCUGUCACUCAUGCCGAACAGUUCAUACAGGAUGGUAACAUCAUUUUGCUCAAGUUACGUGGCUUGUUUCUCUCCAUUUUCCCUCAGGCGACGCAGAAGUUUGCCCUUGCUCUUGUAGCAACAUCCUUGGUUUUGGCUGUAUUACCCAGUAAAUACUUAGUCCUAAUUGUGUUUUUGGAGAUAUUCACAAGGUACUCACCUCCGAGAAAAGCCACCACGGAGAGAUUGUCCAGGAGACUCAGAGAAUGGUGGUUCAGUAUACCCGCGGCUCCCUUUGUGCUUGAAAGAGAUAAAGACGACAAGAAGAGGAAGUAAUGUCCAUGUGCUUGAAAUUCUGUCAAAUUCUGUACAUACAUACGUAUGGUUGUGUAGCGUUGCCCCAUGCGCCGAUGGUGAAGCUAUGACUAUAC